AUGUCGACCCUCCCAAAGAUUCUGUCGACUGAGGAUCUCCCUGUUUCCGAGGCCAAGUGGGUGACGCUCAAGAAGAUACAUUGGAGUGAUCCUACGGGGAAAAAGAGGGUAUGGGAGUGCGCACAACGCAAGACGACGGGAGCUACAGGCAUCGAUGCGGUCGCGAUCCUAGCUAUGAUUCGUUCAGAGACCAACGUGUUUCCGCCUUCUACGGUGAUUGUUACGCAGUUUCGGCCACCUAUUGGCAAAUAUGCUGUUGAGCUUCCUGCUGGGCUCAUCGACAAAGGCGAGACGGCAGAAGAGGCUGCGGUACGUGAGCUCGAAGAAGAGACGGGAUUCAAAGGCAAGAAGAUCUUGGACUCAUCACCCCUCCUUGUGUGUGACCCUGGGAUGACGACUGCUACCAUGAAAAUCAUCAUAGUGGAUGUCCCGUUACCGGACAAGCUCGAGAUUCCAGUGCAGAAAUUGGACCCAGGAGAAUUCAUCGAUGUCCGCGUCGUUGAGCUUCCCAAAUUAGUGGCGGAAUUGAGAGACUAUGAAGCGAAGGGCUACGUUGUCGAUGCACGGCUUGCACACUUUGCACACGGUUAUGAGUUGGCAGAAAGAUACCGAAAUGCUGCCUUGUGA